CAUUAAUUAAAAGGUAAUAUAAGUGAAACUCAUUUAAUAUGUGGUUUAUUUGACAUUGGUAUGCGGUUUUAUUGCAGUGUAUUUCUAAAUACUCUCACUCGUAUACGACGUUUGUAAAUCGGCACAGCACCAUUUUGCGAACACACCAAGCGCGUACCUCGCGUACCAUGUACGCGCGUAACGCAGCUAAAAUGUUGCUUGACCAUUUUGUGUCAAAAAUGGUCAGAUACGCGCGUAACGCGCGUAGAUGAGACCCCCCCCCCCCAGCCUGUGGCUGCGCUGGAUUUAGGAGUCCGAGGAAGGAAACCCAAACGCCGCCGUGUUUGGGUGGAUGAUAGAGCUUGGAUCGGGUUAGAUUAAAUAAUCUCGGAUAUAAAUAACAAUAAUCGGGUUAAAUAACUUCACAUGGUGUGUCUGGUGUGUUUCCAGCAUUCGUAGUGUUGAUCAGCAGAGAAAUAGUCCGCCAAGACGUUGAGGUUGCUUAGCAAUCAGAGACUCUGUCCAUGCAAGUGAACGGAGCGUUCACUCUUCGUCAUAACUAUCAAACCAAACAUCCUUCACAUUCACCGAGCGAACCUUAUGAAAGUAAAAUGCACAUUUCUCGCUAGAAAUGUUUCCGUAAACGCAUUUAAUGGCGUAAAUAUGUUACUAUUUCCACCCAGAAUAAAGAAAGUUGCCGGCCGUGGCUGCCAUGGACAUGGCUGCGCUGGAGUCCGAGGUAGGAAACCCAAACGCCGCCGUGUUUGGGUGAUAGAGUUUAGAUCGGGUUAGAUUAAAUAAUCUCGGAUAUAAAUAACAAUAAUCGUUUUAAAUAACUUCACAUGGUGUGUCUGCUGUGUUUCCAGCAUUCGUAGUGUUGAUCAGCAGAUAUAUAGUCCGCCAAGACGUUGAGGUUGCUUAGUAACCAGAGUCUCUGUCCAUGCAAGUGAACGGAGCGUUCCCUCUUCGUCAUAACUAUCAAACCAAACAUCCUUCACAUUCACCGAGCGAACAUUAUGAAAGUAAAAUGCACAUUUCUCGCUAAAAAUGUUUCCAUAAAAGCAUUUAAUGGCGUAACUAUGUUACUAUUUCCACACAGAAUAAAGAAAGAUGUCGGCCGUAUGCUUCUGUCCAAGCUCACUACUCUCUGCCAGUGACGUCGGGUCAAGCUCAACGCUGAUUGGCUAUUGCCAAUCAGCGUUGGCUGGCUUCUUUCAGCUAGAGUUGCGUUCCAUCAAUAUGACUUAAGGGAAUUUCCGCUAAGUAACCAUGGCAAUUUAUCCGACCAAACUAACCUGGUCGGGAGCAGGUUAACUGUCAGGCUAACUUGAGCGGUGUUUCAGAGAAAUCCAUCUGUCAGCAACAAUUGUAGGCUACCAUCAGAAGGUUCCGCCAAAACUAGUCCUCACAAUUUUGUCAUAGAUGUACAUAUAUAAAGUACAAACAGCGUAUAUUUUCACUAAGGGUCUAAUGAUGCAAAUUAAAUAAUUCAAUUAAUUGCUAUAUCUAUUAUAACUGUGGCUAUUUUCACAACACAUUUUCACACAAAUGUAUGUAUUAUCGCGUGAUCACUAAUCAGCUGCUGGGUGAAUGGUCUAGCAGCACUGCGAGUGAUAUGCGCGACCCGAGUUCGCGUCCAGACUAAUGCUAGUAUUCUUGGCGUUGGCUUCAUUUUGUAAUAACCUUUAUUAAUUGUAUUAAUUCCCUAAUUAAGAAUAUUCAAAGAAAUGGAAAAUAAUUGGCAUGAAAAGUUAUUUGAUUUCUCUAGUAAUCCUUCCUAUAUUACUAUUACUUGCGUGGGGAUAGAACCCCGGACGACCGGGUGCAAGUCCGACACGUUAACUCGAGACUAUCUACCUGCUUUAAAAUCCAUGGUCAAUAUUAUAUUAAAAUAUGUUACGCUUAAUACUACUCAUGCAUUCAACAGAUCGCCGAUUUUUGUGUCAGGCAGCCUCUCUGUUUCUAUUAUUGGUUACGGUGUUCCCUUUUUGAGUUAUUAUAUGCGUGUACUCCUCAUAGACCUCCACAAGUAUGGCAAGCCGAGUGUGCCACAAUUCGACUUCAAUGAAACGCGUUCUGAAACGCCAGCACGCGCGCCAGAACGCGUUCCGGUUUUCCAGAACGCGUUUCAUUGAAGUCGAAUUGUGGCACACUCUGCUUGCCAUACUAUGGCAAUCCGCUGGAAAAGAUCCCGCUCGGUCCUUUUCGGACAUUUUCGGACAUUUGAUCGAUGAUUCGACAUUCACGGUUUAUUCAACGCUGGUUACAUAUCUCGUGAACGCGCGUAAUCCAGGAUAACGUUAGCCUGGCUUGAACUAACCUGAGCAAGGCGCGGCUGAACUGCGUUGAUGGAACGGCUUUAGCCUCAAGUAGAAGUUGGCGCUAGUUCUAACCAGGCUUAAUCAACUAAUAGCCGCUUUCGUUAGCUACUUUGAUGGAAUACCCCUCUGCACUGACUAGUUUGAUAGUUUGAUGGGAAUUUCCUUCCACGUGAGUAACGUCAAUACUGAACUCCAUUGAAAAAAACCGUCAAAUUAACGCAACGAUGAUUGUGAUGGAUCGCCUGGUAACUGGUCAUUUAAGUUACAUUGUUACCGAAAUGAGUCCACAUUUAACUACAGAAUAUGUGCCGAAUUACAUUGAAGUGGCUAAUGAAUGUUAUCUUUUCAAUAUUAUCUAUGUUGUUUAUCCUAGACUCCUCUAAACAAGGCUUGUUGUAAAUGGUUUUUUUUUUCUUAUUUUUAUAAGGGAGUUCUGCAGGCAGCUUGACAGAGUACAGUAUCUCCACACACCUCCAGCAUUUCAGAGCAGAUGAUACUGCUUAUUGUUCCAUGACUUUAAACAUAAUUUCAUAUACUUAUUCAUAUGUUAAUUCUUAAGAUCUCUGUGGGUAGUUAAUUAUAUUUUAUUAUACAUUUAUUUAGCAAAUGUGUGUGUGUGUGUGUGUGUCAGUCAUCAUGGUCAUUUAAGUUUUGUUUUUUUUACUGAAAUAAGUCUACAUUUGCCUACAAAAUAGGUGCCGAAUUAUAACAACAAAAUGUUAUUUUUUUAUAAAUAUCAUCCAUGUUGCUUGUCCCUAAGACUACUCAAACAAGACCUGUUUUAAAUUGUGUACUUUUAUAAGGGAGUUCAGCAUGAACCAGGCGGUUCAGUUUCUUUUCCAGGCUGUUCAGUUGCUUUUUAGCGCCUAGAGCAGAGAAUACUGUUUUUGUUAUUUUCAUGAUUUUGAAACCUAAUUUUUCACAGACAUUAAUUAAAAUAAACAGAGUUAAACUCAAGACAGGUGCCCAGGUAAAGCCUAUGUAUGAGAAACAUUGCUAACGUUACCAGAGGGUUGUACUACGAACAUAGAUUAAACAGAUAGUUAGGUAACUUCAGCCUUAACACACACAUACACGCACGUCUCUAUAUGGGUGUCCACACAGGUCUCCAACAGUACAUUGUUUGCAUUAAAGUUAAAUCAUAAUCUGUCAUUGAUUUGAAUAUUUAAAUUUGUUAUGUUUACAAAGAAUGAGAUAAUCAAACUGUCUUUCUCACUCACUCUAGCUAGGAUAUCAUCACAUUCCUCUAUCAUCGGUGGAAAGAUCUCUUCAGCCACGACCUUAUCAUCGCUGCUGUUAAGGUAUCUGAUGAAUGUGGAGGUGCAAGGACUGUGACUAUUCAUGUACCAGAAGAUCUGAAUUGCUUAAGCAUUAUAGACUAGAUCAUCAACAUUAUGGAAGGCACCAUCCUUACCUCUGUCUAUAUGAAAACUGUCCAUUUUCAUGUAAAACAUGGAAUGCUUUAAAGAAGCAUCUUUCUACAAACCACUUUUCUCAGCAAUCCUCAACAGAAGAGAUCUCACAUUUGAAGUGCCACGUUUGUGGGUACUCGCAACUUUCUACUGAAACUGACUUUUUUCACCACAUUGGCCAACAUUUGAAGAAUAAUGAAUCAGUUCCUUGUAUGUAUGUUGAUUGUUCAUAUCAAACCAACAUAUAUGGAAGUUUUCACACUCACAAAUGGAGAAAACACAAAGUGUGUACAGUUGGAGAUUUAAAACCUGGAAUAGUUCACAGGUCAAUCGUCAAUCCCUCUGCUUUAGAUUCAAGUAACAGUGACACUGAGUUGAAUGAAGAUUUACUAUUUGAUGAACCAACUUUUGAAGAACCUAGAGAUUUGACAAAAGAUGUUGAGCUAAAAUUAGCCUCAGUUUUACUGAAAUUAGAACAUAGUUACCUGGUGUCAAGUGCAGCUGUAAAUUUACUCCUUGAGGAACUGCAAUAUCUCAUUGGGACUGUUUCUGUGCCGGUCACCCAGAAGACUAUCACUCAGUUUUUAGGGGCUCACAAUUGUCAAGUAGAUGGAUCACUUGUCCAAGACUUAGCCACAGAAAUCUGCACAUCACAUCCUAUUCAACUCGCUAUCGGAACACAAGGCCCAUUGUCUACUGCAUGGAAGCGCAACAAAUAUUAUAUUACUAAGUUUAGUGUAGUGGAACCAGUAGAAUUUGUAAUUGACCAAAAGAACAGAAGGUCUUUUCAAUAUAUUCCUGUACUAAAAACGUUGCAGCAGGUUUUGAACUGUGAGACUAUCCUAAGCAGUGCAGUUAAUUUGAACGAGAAACUUCAAUCAGUGUUAAGUGAGAAGCAGGUUUACAGAUGUCUCUGGGAUGGUGCAAUUUUUAAAGAAAACACACUUUUCUCAAAUGAGUGUGCCGUUUCCUUAAUUCUCUAUAUAGAUGAUUUUGAGGUGUGCAACCCCCUUGGCACAUCGCGUAAAAAACAUAAAAUCUGUGCCAUAUAUUGGAUUUUAGGCAAUCUGCCACCUGGUUCUCAUUCUUCGUUGUCAUCAAUCUACUUGGCUGCAUUGAUUAAUAGUGAUGAUGUAAAGUUGUAUGGAUAUGACAUUGUUCUAGAACCUUUGAUUAGUGAUAUCCUUAUUUUGGAACAACAUGGAAUAUUUGUGCCCAAGUUAGGGAAAUGUGUAAAGGGAACAAUUCAAUGUGUUGUUGCUGACAACCUCGGUGCCCACGGUAUUGCUGGUUUUUUGGAGAGUUUUUCUGGUGCAUACAUUUGUAGGUUUUGUACAGCCACGAAAUUAGAAAUUCAAACAAGGGACGUAGGGAGUGAAGCAUUCUCUUUGAGGACAGAGGAGGGUCACGGAAGACAUCUUAAAACCCUUGAGGAAGAAUCAUUGGUCAAUUGUUUUGGUGUUAAGAGGAGGUGUGUUUUGUCGGAAAAACUUACUCAUUUUAAUGUCACUACUGGCUUUCCACCUGACAUUGUUCAUGAUUUAUUUGAAGGAAUUGUUCCAGUUGAAGUAGCUCUGUGUCUCUCUGUGCUCACCUCGAAGUACUUUACUUUGAACUUUUUGAAUGACUCUAUAAAAACUUUCCCCUUCAAGUGGACUGAUAAAGCAAAUUGCCCCCAUCCUGUGCCACUGACCUACAAAAUUAGGAGAACAGUUGGUGGCAAUUCUCACGAGAAUUGGAGUUUGAUCAGGUUUUUGCCACUCCUCCUCGGGCAGAAAGUGCCUGCUGAUGAACCUGCCUGGAAUCUCCUCACUGACUUAAAGGACAUUGUGGACCUUGUUGUCACACCGGUGCAUACUGAUGAAACAAUAGCUUAUUUGAAUUUCAAAAUCUCUGAGCAUAGAGUGCGGUUCAAGGAGGUUUUCCCAGACACCAACUUGCUUCCUAAGCAUCACUUCUUAGAACAUUAUCCACAGCUAAUUCGUCAGUUUGGCCCUUUAGUUUCUCUUUGGACUUUACGAUUCGAAGCGAAGCAUAGCUUUUUUAAGAGAGUUGUGCGGCACACUCGAUGCUUUAAAAAUGUGUUGUUGUCCUUGGCACAGAGACACCAAUUAUCCAUGGCACACCAUAUUUACACCUGUGGCUUUCCUAAACCUCUCCUGGAAGUGAAAAAGUUCUCAACUGUUAGCAUUGAUGUCCUGAAAGAUGAUAUUGCACGGGCUGUGAAACACAAGAACCCAAACGUGAAGGAAGUGUCUUUGGCCGAGAACGUCACCUAUAAUGGAUUUAACUACAGACUUGGAAUGAUCCUUGCUCAUGGUUCACUUGAAGGAAUGCCUGCAUUUAUUGAAAUCAUCCAGAUGGUGGUUCUCCAAAAGGAGUUGGUCUUCAUUGUUAGGAAACUAAGUGCUUGGUACCUGGAACACUUUAGAGCCUAUCAACUUGAAAUCUCGCCUACAAAGGAGAUAGAAGUUCUGGAGCCAUCUCAACUGACUGAUCCUUACCCUUUGGCAGACUACACAGUUGGGACAAUGAGGCUUAUCACCCUGAAGCGAUAUAUUCACGUUUAAGGUUUGCAAGAGUCAAUAUCUCUUAUAUGUUUUUUCCUGUUGUGCAGCUAGUAGCAGGGGAGCUCGAUCGUGGCUGGACAUAUUUUUUUCAGGACUUUUCCUAUGGUAGCACUCAGGAACCUAGAGCUUUAUUUGGAAAAUGACCGGAAUUCUCCCUUAAAUGAGAAAAUGUUAGUUGAAAUGAAAGCCUAAUGUCCUAAUUUUAAGUGUCAAUAAUUUAGUUAUACCUAUUUCUUUGUUUGUUUAUAUUGUUUAAUUUGUCAAUCUGGUAUGGGGUUAAUGGGUACCUAAGGUGUCUCUCCCUCUCUUUCCCUCCCACUCACAGGAUCUCUAGACAUGGCGAGUGUCACACGGCUCCUGGUGAUUUUAGAAGAGGACAGUUGCAUCAAGCUGGAGCUUCCGAAUGGCAUCCCUGGCUCCGUUGACGAAGUCAUCGAAGAAAUAAAGAAUAUUUCUGGUCUAACUAAUGAAAUACGGCUUCAGUACUACGAUGCUGACUUCAGCAGUUGGGUUAACUUGACUAAAACUUCAGACCUGAAGGAUCUUGCCACUUUGAAGGUUGUUCAACCCCCCCCUGUGACAUUAGUCUUUGAGCCAGUUGACCUCUCUGUGAAUGAGGCCAAUGUUCACAGCCAAGAUGAUGCAAGUAUCUCUUCAUCUGCAUGCUCAGAUGAUACAUUACCUGUAAGCGACGCUUCCUCGGACACCUUCAGAAAGGAGCAGUGGCCCAAGGUGUUCAUCAUCCCUACUUUCUCACUUUCCACAGAAUCUCAACUUAAGGCUGGAAAUGCAGAGUAUCAGAGCAACCAGGUUAGACUGACUCCCAGCUCUAAAAUGAUUUCCGACAUACUUGAAAGACUCGCUGACAAAGUCUAUUCGUACAGAUCCUAUCCUAGUGAUGCAGACUUGAGUGAAGUGGCACAGGCGCUCACACAGACACACCCCUGUCUGAAAGAACCAGGGUCCUUCAACCACAGUUACGGAUGGAAACAGAGGCUCAAGACGAAGAUGUAUAACUAUCGCACAUACCUAAAAUCACACAGUUCAUCAUCUGACGAGCUGACUGUGAAUUCUGUCAAAAGAAAAUCCCCCACCGACGCCCACCCAGCAAAGAACAUAAAAAAACCCAGGAGAGCCGAGUCUAACCAUUACCCAUCUCUACCUCAUGGCGAGACCCCUGAGUCCAUGGAACAAGAGAGAAUAGCCCUUUUGACUGAAGUAAAGAAAAGGAACAAUGGCAAAACAAUAAGAGCGAAGAUGGCUCAGACGUUCGCAUUUCGGAGGCAAGAAAUUGUCAACAAGAAAGCAUCUUUGGAGGAUAUUAUUGAGAGAUGGCCAGCACUCUUCGAAGUCCAAGAGAUAAAUGCAGAGUUCCACAGAGUAACCACAAUACCCCUUGAAGCAAGGUUCAUGGAGAAACUUGACGAGAAGUGCAUCGAACUGAUUCAGGUUGUCAGAAAGAAGGGUGGAGCAACUCGGGAGAAGACAAAGCUCCUGCCAGUUGUAGAAAAGGAUACUGAUAUCGGUACAAGGAGGGAGAUCGCUCUCAAAUGUCUCAUCAUCAACAUGAGAGAAUCAAUGGAUGAUCUGGUCCAAGAAUUCCUGGUGUCGGAGAAGGAAGAGGCUGAACACAUUCUUCAGGGGGCAACCAUGGCAAUCUACAUCAUCAGAGAUGCACAAGCUGCACCCAAAGACAUUGGCAUUAUACUUGAGGGACAAGAGGUUGUGAACGAGUUGCCGUCUGUCGCAAAUGCUGUCGCCAUUCUCAUGGGACUCCUUUAUGUUCUCAAUAUGGAAUAUCCAAAGACAUUGAAACAGACAUUUGAAUAUAUCCAGAAAGUCCUCAUGGAGCUGGACCCGAAAGGCAUGACCACCAAGGUCAAGAAGCUCUACGACCAGCUAUACAGUACAGCUUAGUUGCAUCGUAACAGUAGCAAGUAAAGUAGCAUUAGUCAGUAGUAGUGUUUGCUUUUGCAGCUGACUAGCUGGCAUACAUAUGUGGUGUGACUAAUUUGAGAGCUGACUGACUGACUAGAGACUUGACUGACUGACUGACUUGAGACUUGACUGACUGACUUGAGACUUGACUGACUGACUUACUUGCGCCUUGACUGACUGACUGACUUGAGACUUGACUGACUAACUUGAGACUUGACUGACUGACUAACUUGAGACUUGACUGACUGACUGACAUGAGACUUGACUGACUGACUUGAGACUUGACUGACGGAUUUUACAUUUCAGCCAGGUUUGGCAUCUCACUGUUAAUGUCUUGGGAUUGUACACUGUUUGGUUAUAUCAGGAGGAUUUUACAGUUCAGCCAGGUUUGGCAUCUCACCGUUAAUGUCUUGGGAUUGUACACUGUUUGGUUAUAUCAGGAGGAUUUUACAGUUCAGCCAGGUUUGGCAACCCACCGUUGAUGUCUUGCAAUUGUACACUGUUUGGUUAAAUCAGGACGACUUUACAUUUCAGCCAGAUUUGGCAUCCCAACGUUAGUAACUUGGAACACUGUUAAUUUAAAUCAGGGUUUUGACUGUUUUUGAAUUCCAUUUCUCAAGUGUUAAAUUACAACCAUGCAGAUACCCUGUAAAAUGUCAUGUUUUAUCAUUUUAUAAGUUAGUUAAUUGAUAUCAAUGUGUCAUGAGAAUUAUUGAUAUAUAUAUUUUUUAUUAAACAAAUAAUUUCUAUUUAGUUUUAUAUUUUAAAUGAUAAAUAUUUGUUUGAUAAAAUAUAUAUCUUUUUGAUUGGAUAAAGCAAAUAAUUUCUAUUUAGUUGUGUUUCUGAAAUAAUAAAUACUUGUUUGAUAAAAUUAUAUCUCUUUGAUUGGAUAAAACAAAUAAUUUCUAUUUAGUUGUAUUUCUGAAAUAAUAAAUAUUUGUUUGAUAAAAUAUAUAUCUUUGAUUGGAUAAAACAAAUAAUUUCUAUUUAGUUGUAUUUAUUAAAUGAUAAACAAUUGUUUGAUAAAAUCUAUAUAUUUUUGUUAGAUAAAACAUUACAUUUAAAUUAAUUGGCUUCCUUUUAACAAGAAAAUAUGAUUUUGGCCAAGUCUUAAAAUAUAGUUUCCAUGGACAUAGAAAAUACAGUUUGAGACAAGUUUUAUUUUUUCAUUGGCUCAACUUAUACAAUAUAGAUGUGAACUGUUACCCUAAAAAAUUUUAAUUAGUUGAACUAAAAACUUUUUUCAGUGUAG